GGGCUACUUGAGGGUCAGUUAAGGCCCAGGCUUGUUGCUGUUUGUGUGGGGGAGACAGAAACACUGAGAACUGGAUCUGGGAGGCCUCAUCCCGGAGGAAGCAGGGAGACAGCAGGGGAGACAGGGUUCCGAAUUAGGGCGCCUCCACCCCGCCUCUCCCCUUUUUGGUUGCUGAUCAAGGCCACCAGAAAGAACAAAGUGAGAUGUCCGCAGGUGAAGUGGGAUGAGGAUGGGAUGAGAAGCUAUCGGGAUGAGGCCUCCAAUCCUGUUUGCUGCCCUGCUCUGGCUCCGGGGUUUUUUGGCAGAGGAGGAAGCAUGCCCCUCCCUGGAAAGGAGUGCAGGCAGGGAGAGUGCAGGCCCACCCCGAACGUGAACAUCACCAGCCAGGGGAGACCUACUAGCCUCUUUCUGAGUUGGGCAGCCCCGGAACCAGGCUUGUUCAUCCAUGCCCUCUGCCUCACACGUCUGAGCCCCCUCAGCUCUCCUGAAGGGCAGCAGCUCCAGGCCCACACCAAUGCAUCCAGCUUUGAGUUCCAGGAUCUGGUGCCAGGGAAUCGCUACCAGCUGGAAGUGACUGCCCUGCGACCCUGUGGGCAGAAUGUCACUGUCACCCUCACUGCUCGCACUGGCAUGAGGCCUGCAGGCUGAGGGGGUGGGGGUGUUGCCUGGGGUUGGGGAAGGAGGGGGCUGCCCUGGAGUGCUGGCAGGGAGGGCAACUUCUCUGUAGACCAUGUCUAGUACAGUCACCCAUUUAGGAGCACUGCAGGCAAUGCCCCUGUGGCAGUGACCUUGGUGUCUCUGUCUCCCUCUGAUGCAGCCCCGCCAACUGUCCAUGGACUGCAGCUCCACAGCCCCGGGAGCCCAUCCAGCCUGGAGGCCUCAUCGGGUGAAGCCCCGGGGGAGCAGGAUGGCUAUCGCCUUCUCCUCUACCACCUAGAAUCCCAGACAUUGGCACAUAAUAUCUCCAUGCCCCCGGGCACCCUGUGCUACAAUUUUGGAGACCUCUUGCCAGGUAGUGAGUAUAUUUUGGAAGUUAACACCUAGGCUAGCAACCUCCCAGCAAAAACCAGCCUCCCUCAGUGGACAGGUAAGCUGGGCACUUGGGCAAGGCCCCAGGUGGCAGCCAAUCUGGGAGUGGUGGGAAUGGUGGAAAGUCCGGCGCCUCACAGGCAGCCGUGCCCCAAUGUGCCUGGGCUUUUGUGCUCCCUAGUGCCAGGGUCCCUGCAAGCAUCCUGCUCCAGGGGUCUUUCUUGAGCCGGACUUUGUUCUCUCCAUCCUUCCUGCAGCCCCUGUGUCUCCGGAUCACCUGGUACUGCAUACCCAGGGCACCAGUGCCUUGCAAGCCUUUGGGAAUGGCUCCAAGGGGGGCUGCCUGGCUCCACGUGGUGCUUAUAGACCUCCUAGGUGGCACCAACCUGAUGGCAGUAGUCAGACGGGGAGUCUCCCAUCACACCUUCCUUCACCUGUCUCCGGGCACCCCCUAUGAGCUGACGUUCAGUGUUGCUGCCGGGCCCCAUUAGGCAGUGGGGACCAAUGCCACAGAGUGGACCUGGGAGUGCCUUUUGGGGUAAAGGAGACACAGCCGAGACUUCCCAUCUCUUCUCCAUGGGUCAAGUAGCCAGGAUGCAACAGGCAGGGGAGGCGGCGUCUUUGGAGGCUCAGAGGGAGUGCACCUCCAGUUGGCUGGUGGUGGGCACCUAUCUGAGGGGAUGGUGGUGGUGACAGUAGUUGUCAAUUGAACCCUUCUGUGUGCUGGACUCUGCUAAGCACUUUCUGUUUUUGUUUUGUUUUGUUUUGUUUUGUUUUUGUUUUUUGAGACGAAGUCUCGCUCUGUUGCCAGGCUGGAGUGCAGUGCCGUAAUCUCAGUUCACUGCAACCAGGGGAGGGAGGUCAGAGCAGGGGAGAGGCUCAGAAGAGCUGGGCAGGGGGCACCAAAGGGCUGCAGGCGGUAUAUGGACCCCUCACCAAAUUGCCUUUCUCUUCAGGUCCCCUGGCACCACAGUUACUGGAGGUUAUCAGCAGGGGUGGCCCCUCUGACCUGGCCAUUGACUGGGCCCCAGCACCAGGACAGCGGGAAGGCUACAGGGUCGCUUGGCACUAGGAGGGCAGCCAGAGGUCACUGGGCGGUCUUGUUGACUUGGGCCCGGACAAUUCCAGCCUGACUUUGAGGAGUCUGGUGCCCAGCUCCUGCUGUGCCGUGUCAGUGUGGGCCUGGGCGGGGAACCUUAACUCCAGCAUUCAGAAGAUCCACACCUGUACUUGUGAGUUCCUGGCUGCAGCCUGUGGGAGGCCAGCCCCAGGUGGUGGACUGGGGGACUGGCAUCCUCUACUCUGCACUUCUAUGUGCCAUAUUCUUUUUUUUUUUUUUUUUUUUUGAGAUGAAUCUCGCUGUGUUACCCAGGCUGGAGUGCAGUGG